AUGCUCUCGGAAGGGUUGACAUUGCCCGCCGAAGAGAAUAAAAAAAAAUUAAGCAAUUUAUUUUGUUGCAGCUUUUCUAUAUGUUUGAAUGUACGCAUGAUAUUAUUAGUACGAGACCCACGUGGUACGAUGCAAUCGCGCAAACAUCGUGACUGGUGCGCCGGCAAUAGAGAUUGUGAGGAUCCGCAAUAUGUAUGCCAAGAUCUUGUCGCCGACUAUCAUGCCGCUGUGGCACUACUAAAGGAGUUUCCAGCACGUUUUAGAACUUUGCGUUAUGAGGAUCUCUCGCUAAAUACCUACGAUAUGACACAAGAGGUGCUACAAUUCUAUGGGCUACCAUUCGAUCCGCUUGUCGAAGAGUUUCUUGAUACACACACAAAAGUAAAUAUUGGUGGUGUUAGCUCGACGUAUCGUGAUUCGAAAUCGGCGCCAUUUCAUUGGAAACAAGAUUUGCGACCAGAAGAGAUACAAUACAUACAAAACAACUGCGAGGAGGCCAUGCAAUUAUGGGGUUAUCGUAAAAUUGAUAAUUUCACGAAUUUCCAGCAAACAACGUUCGAUCCACUUGAAUUGCCACCACCGUUUUCGUGAAGUGUUCAUAAUAAUACUUUGUUACAAUAAAUAUAUGUUUCCAUUAAUAAGUAACAAAACAAAAAGGAAAAAGAAAAGAAUUUUGCAAGCUUAAAUUGUUUGUCUCCUAAAAUAUACAUAAAUACGUAUAUUUUUAACUAUUUUUUUUUUGCUUACUUAUAUAAUAAAUAAUAUGUUUUUAUACCAUUUUGUUGUGAUAUAUAUGUCGAAGAAGUUAUAAACAUAAAUAUAUAAUAAUGUUACUAAGAUAAACGCAUGCGGAGAGAAUGUAUGUAAUUGUAAUUAAAAAUAAAAAAAAAUAACUAAAUUGCGCAUUUAGAAUUAAACACACACACAUACAUACAUACACAUAAAUACGUGCAUAUUUAUAGUUUUGUAAGCCAAGCUUGUUGUGCGAAAAAAGUAACAAAAAAAAA